AUGAUGCGAACAGAACAUGACUUGAAGCGCAAGACACCAAACUAUUUACAAAAACUAGAGCUCGAGCUCGAGCUUCAGAAUGAGAGAGCGCGUCGCCAGCAAGCGGAACAAGAAGCUAGAGAGCAUGCCCGUGAUUACGACGAGAUCUACAAACUUACCGCCGAGUAUGAGACGAAGAUCGAAGAGGCAGAGGUCCAGGCCAGGACGCUAGUGACCGAAGCUGGACGCUUGCGACGAAUGCUGAAUACAGAAACCAAAAGGGCAAACUUGAACGACUGGCAUAUCCAACAGGCCGAGGAGAAAAUCUCAAAUCUCGAAUUGACUGCUUUUGCGCAACGACAAAGGGCUGCUGAGCUUGUGAAACAAUUUAAACUCAGAAUUCACCAUGGAGAGGCUAAGACCAAACGUCUGGGCGACCUCGUCGAUAAGAUCUCGGCAGAUUUGAGCCGAUACAAGGAACAAGCUGCCGAAAGCAACAAAGAAUGGAGUACUCUCUACGAAAGGUUGCAGGUCUACGCGGGGUUAUUUGUGCAAGGGAGAGAAGAAAUUAUCCAGAGAACUCAGAGACUGCAAGGUAUUAUAGAACUUUCCGAGGAAGCAAUGCAAAACCGGGCUCGCUUAUUGCAAAUGCAUGAAAGGGAACUGGAUUCUCGACGGGUAGCAGUGAAUGCGCAGCUCAUGAAGACGAAUACAAUGAAUGAUAUAAGGUUAGUGGUAGACCGGGUGACCAAGAACCGGACGAGCAAGCCGUUAGCAGUGAAGGAGAGAGAAAAGCGAUUGAAUAUGGAAAGGGCCAAAGUGAAUCUUUGGCAAGAGACAAGAAAUACCCGCACCUUUUGGACUGACUAUGACAGUUCCGCUUCAGAAUCCACCACAGUCGAAUCCGUCUACGAUUUCCAAUUCCCACACCCAGCCAAGCAAAUGCCGGACAGAAUGACUCACCCUUUCGAUGUCCCAUGGGCGUCACAUCGCAUAGAUGGUGUUUUCGAUCCUCCGUGGCCGCAAUUCUCCCCACCCGUCACUAGAAUGGCGUCCCUCAACCUGUCCGACAGCGACAUGGAAAUGCUGAGCCCCCUUGCCAGCGAUACGGACAUGUUGAGUGUGUCCGAAGCGGUCCAAUUCCCGCGCUUCAUCAUCCACUCCCCAGCACAGUCGAUUCAACGGAAGCGCGUGCGGUUCACGGUUCCGGAAAUGACUGGCCUUGGUGGUAGGAAUGAGGUUGAACGGCCUUCGCUGCCCAAGCGAAGAAGAUCCGACACCGACAUCCACCCUCUUUCGAAUCCGCCAAGACGCAUUUUCAGACAUCCGCCACUCAAUCGAGUCCCGGGGAAGACGGCGAUCCGUAAAUUUCCUUCUCGCGCGGCAAUUAGGGUCGAGUUCCAGUACCACUCCUCGAUCCAGAGUGGAGGGACACGACAGGUGCCACUCUCGCCAGCGUCCGCGGCAAUCGAGCCCUCCGAGCCUCCCCCGUCACAGGAGGCCACACUACCGAUGCCCACCCGGAAAGGAUCACCAUCGCCGCCGCAACAGUUGAUCGGUCAUCAGUAUUUUGAAGAUCCUUCCCAACCAGUCAGGUCACAGACUGAGCGGGUUACGACUACCUCUCCUCGUAGUACCAGUCCUGUCUUACAGCCUCGAGGGGUGCGGAAGGUGAAGAAAAAGCAUAGGAGGAAGGAUUCUUCAUCCUUGCGCCGAGAGCGCAAGACCAAAGUGAGGAAGAAGAUGGCCCCGCCAACCUUGCCAAUGCCGAUGCCCGGGAUGUGGCCCGAAAGUCCGUUCGACGAAUACGAUGCAACUAAGCUUCGUCCGCUUGGGCACGUGUCUGAAUCGCUCGGGGGAAGACUUAGCCGUUUCAUCCAGAGACGGGGGUAUCAAUUGGUUGGCGGACUGGUUAUCUUUGGCACGUUGCUUUAUGCAUGUGUCGGCCACCAGUCGCAUCACAAGUGGAUGGUGUACAAUGACGUUCCCUCUGUUGUCCUCAGCAAGCUGCGCAAUUCACCAACGUCAGUUAUCGGUGGAUCAACAGCUCUUGACUUUAACAUCAUGAGUAUGUUCAGUCAAGACCGAGCAAAGCUCGGCUGA